AAAACAGUAGUGCUUCUACAAUAUAUCUUGUCCAUUAUAAUCACUGCAUGAGGACAUUUCCAGUUGAACACAGUUGAGCUCUACAUAGAUGAAGUGUUAGAUUUGUCAAGGCCAGAAUGGGGUCUCUUGAAAAUGAUAUCAAUCAAGAUUUUCAGGAUGCCAUUGAUGUUAUUCAGCGUCAUUCUCAGAUACGGCACUAUGACACAGAAAAUAAAUACUAUGAGAAUCUGGAAAGUCAGCAGUCAUCUGUGAGACAUGCCAUCUCAUACUAUCAGUUCACACCUCAUUUCGAGCCUCCAGGAUCCACAUAUGACUGGAAUGAAUCCUCAUCGUGGCCUCAUGUUAUCCCGGACGUGUCUCUUGGGUCUUUGUGUUCUACUGAGACUUCAUCGUUUUACGCUAAUUUACCACAGCGGCACGGGAAAGGCCGCAAGAAACUACGUUUAUAUGAGUAUCUGCACGAAGCUCUUCACGAUGACAACAUGGGCGACUCCAUCCAGUGGACGGACCGAGGCAGCGGAGUCUUUCAUUUCAUUUCCAAAAACAAAGAGAAACUGGCCGAAUGCUGGGGUCAGCGCAAAGGCAACCGCAAAACCAUGACCUACCAGAAAAUGGCCCGCGCUCUUCGCAACUACAGCCGCACGGGAGAAAUCGUGAAGGUGCGCCGCAAACUCACGUAUCAGUUUAACCCAGCGAUACUGCAGCGCUUGAGCUCACUGUCAGGCUACAGUUCGGGCCCUUCGUCCAGAGAAAUACCGCUCCAUCAGCCUGGCUCUGCGGAGCAUGUGUACUACAGUUCUCCUCUACAGGACUGCCAUUACUGGUAUGGUCAAUACUCAUAUCAGACCGAGUAUGAUCUCGCUACUGUACUCACAAUGGAUCCUAAAACUGCAGUUUCAGCUCAAUGAUAGUCAGGAGUACAAUCUCUGUCCUUUAAAAGAUUGGAGAUGCACUGCAAUCAAUAAUGACGUAGUAAACGUGAAGAAAAAAGAUGUUUUUGCUACUGUGUAUUAAGAGUUCAUGCAUGUAAAUGGUACUGUUUGGAGUCAUCAAGGAUGCAUUAAAUUGAUCAAAAGUUA